AUGGUUGAUCUGUUGAAGGAAAAGAUGGAUUGUAAAGCAGCUCUGGCGGAGAUGGGACGAUGGCGAGAAAGCUUGAAUGAGUUGUUGACGAUGGUAGAGUCAAUCAAGCGGAAUACUGAAAACAGUGAUUGGGAUGAACGGAUGCGUAGCUUGUUAGAUUAUAUUGAGCAUUUGGAUCGAGAAGCAACUAUCGAGACCGAAGUGUUAAAGGAGAUACAAAGUCAGGGAAGCGAUGUGGACGUGGAUAUAUCGCGAGAUCGCUUCAGGAAACGAGUUGAAGAAAUUGGCUGGGAGCAGCGGAAUAUAGAAGGCGAAGCAGCGGAUAAGAUAGAGGCGUUGCGAAUGAUUGAAAGAGCGAACACGAGUGGCACAGUCCAGGUAGAGAGAAUUUACUACUCGAAAAAAGAUCCCUACACUAAGAAGGACAUCAAAGAUCCAGUGCAGAAUAAAGUUUGUAAGCAUGUUUAUGAUCGAGAAUCAGUGCUAGCUAAUAUUCAUGAAUGUAAGAAACGACGUCUGAUAUGUCGGUGUCCCGUUUCGGGAUGUCCGAAUAAAAAGCCCCUAAUAAUGCGUGAUAUGGUGACAUUCUCGAAGUUUUACGAUUGUCUUAAAGAUUAG